AUGAAGAAGACAAAGUUUGCCAAGAAGAUGCAAUUAACUCAUAUAACGUGCUUCCGCGUCCUUGUUGAUAAUUUGGAUUAUUUUGGGAAUGAUAAACACAUCAUCUGUGGAGACUUCAACUUAGUAGCAGAUCCAGAUUUAGACUAUGAUAGCAGUUACAAAAAUGUUAAUAACCAGAAAGCCAGAGAUAAAGUUUUGGAAAUUAUUGAUAGCUGUGUGUUGUGUACCUCUGUGUCCGAGUAUUGGUGGAAUGAUUUCAACGUUCCUGGACAAACAACGGCAGGAACUGUCGUAUUUACAACACAAGCCAAUCGUCCGCUUGACUGUGCAUCCCUCUGUUCGUCCGUUAUAGAUUGUUUGGUAUUUGGAUUCAAUGAUGUCACUGGUUGUUCCCGGGCUGGAUAUGAUUUCAUACACGAGGGACACAUCUGUGUGAAAGUAUUUACCGACUCCGUUGAUUGGGACGAAGCCAAGAGCCGUUGCGAAAAAAGUUAUGGUCGACUCCUCGUCAUUGACACAAAAGAAAAAUUAGAUGCAUUUUCUGACUAUCUAGAUUCUAACGGGUAUGAAAAUGAGCGAAUGUGGAUUGGUAUCACAGACUCAGCCAACGAAGGCACCUGGGUAUGGCUGAACGGGGAGACGGUCGACCGAACCUUCUGGGACGGAGUAACAUUAAAUGACGUCUGCAUGCCAUGCGUCUCCUUCUCCGCUGAUUGUGGUAGCAUUGAAUACAGAAACCUUGGUGAUGAUGCCUGUGAUUAUUCACAAACAUAUGUCUGUGAGAGACUGGACAUUAUUUAG